AUGUCGCCCACUUCGGAAUACCCAAAGCAUCCAUACAACCUUCAGCACACUGUGUCGAUGCUAAACCUACAUGAGGAACCAACAUGGCACUUCAACCGAGGACCCCCAUCUCCUACUGCUUCUUCAGUUUCUUCUACUACCAGUCGAAGUACAACCCCAACUAUCUCGAACAAUAAUCCAUGGUCUACGGUUAUGGCAAGCCCGUCUUCAAACUCUACCAAUUCAACACACUCCUCCCCUAGAGACAGCCCGAACCGAACCCCGCAGUACACGAGUCGAUCUGCCACUCCGGUUGCCCCUCAACCCCUGCGGCCUAUUCCUCAGUCGACAGGAUUCGUCCCAAUAAAUCCCCCACCACUAUCAUCUGGAGAUGCUUUCAGAGGGUCCGAGUAUCCAGGGUCGCCUGUUCCAAACUUUCCUGGGUCACCAAACCCAUAUCGACAGCAACCAAUCACUUUACCUCCAUUGGCUAAUGGGUUUGUCACACCUGCUGUGCUUUCUCAGUGUCAGUCAGGCUUCUUCUACGAGUUGUCUCGUCGACAAGGGUGGGCAGCCCAGUCAGCCCGAAAUGCAUUUCUUUGGUCUCUCUCCAAUCCCCGAACGUCCCUUCUACUACUGCUUUGUGACGAUGUUGCCUCAUGGCCCAAGGCAAUGUUCUGGGAUUUAAAGGACGAGAAUCUGCCUUUCAGCGAGCCUGACCUGCAAAAGAUCGUGGCGAACCCUAGAAAGGUAGUUGACAUGCAGUGGCGGGUUACUGCCAAGGAACUUCCAUUGAAUGGGUUUCAUGUCGAGUUUACGGCCCGUGAGACAGUACCCUUGCAACAACUUAGUCUCAUUAGAACAUCUAGUCCAGACAGAAGUACCGAUCGAGUUCGAUUAUUGGGCGAUGGUGAUGAACGUAUCCUCAUCCGUAAACGCUUUGUUCUCACCCGCGCUACCCAAAAGGCUACCCUCCUCAAACAGAUACAUGAUUUCAAGCAGUUGGAUCACAAGAAUAUUGCCAAAAUACUGUGCUCAUACUCGCAGCUGAGCCAUGUUGGGAUCGUUACUGCCCCAGCCCAUUACACUUUGGACGACUAUCUUUGCCUCCCUGGGGAUGCUAAUCAUUCCCGGAUGCUUUUGGACUGGAUGAACGAUCUUGCCCAAGCGUUGGAGUUUUUACACUCACAGUCGAUAUGCCAUCGCAGUAUCCGGCCCCGGAAGAUUUUGGUUGAGGGAUCUCGGAUUUACCUCGCUCCUUUUGGCAUCGGGCAAAGCAGUGAGAAUUUCAGCCCCACAACAAUCAAGGCUCAACGGCCAGAUCAGCUAAACGCCUACUUCCAGGAUCAGUCGUACAUCUUCGCAGCUCCGGAACUCAUCGUACCUCGUGGGAAGAAACCGGGCAAGCCGGCCGAUGUUUUUGCUCUGGGUUGUGUCUUUCUGUGCAUGAUGACGGUCGUGCAAAACCUGUCUCUGUCAGCAUUCACGCAAUAUCGUGCCGGAUCAUCUCACGACGCUUCGUUCCAUGCUAAUCCUGAACGAGUCGUAAGUUGGCGUGCUCGUCUCUCCGCCGCGGCGAAUUCGGUGCGGAAUGGAGUCAGCAGUGGAGGAAGGAAAGAACGGCAACUCAAAUCAGAAGCCUUUUUGCUCAGUGCUAUCGAGAAAAUGAUCCCAGCGGAUCCUAAUGAGAGAUUUAAGAUGAGGAGGCUGGCUACAUACUUGGCUAAGUGGGGGGAUGGGAAGACGUCCGGGAAUCGGAGGCGAAGUUUGGACGGUGGAGGAUACAGUGGACAGGUUGCUGCAACCCUGGGGGUUACCGCUAAUGGUGUGAAUAUUAGUAAAGGAGUACAAGGAGGAAACGGCAUUCCGAACGGCGUUCAGCAGAAACCGGAGUUAAACAUUUUUGGGGAGUAUUUCCAGCAGCAACAACGGGCGUACGAACAGCCACAUCCCACAUGGGGAAGAAACUGA